CCCCUAUACGCGCUCUCGUCUCUCGUGUCUCCUCCCCCUCUGGCACACCUCGUGGUCGGUCGUCGUCCCGCCUCCACCACCCCAACUCGUGGUCUUCGUUUCAGGCCAAGAAGAAGAAGUGGGGAGAGGAGAUCCGGAGGCAAGGCAACCCACGUCGCUUCCACUCCUUUCCACCCUUCCUUGUCGCCUUGCUAGUUGCUGCUCCCGUCGUGCCACGUGCUGCUUCCGCUAACUGCGGGUAGGGGCUAGGGAGGGAGCUGAGCAAUGGCUUCCGCCACCGCCGCGCCGCGACCUCCGGCACCGCCGCCGCCUCCGCCUCCCCCUCCUGCGGCGGCGGCGCAGUGGCUAGGCCCGCGGGUGUCGUUCAGCCUGGACGAUGCGGGCGGAGGAGGAGUAGGGGGAAGGGAUGCUGCGGCAGCGGCAGGAGGGAAGGCCGGGCCAGGCGCCGGCGCCGGCGCCGACUUCGAGUUUCUGCUCGGCGGGUGCGCCGCCGCCUGCUCCAUGCUCCCCGCCGACGAGCUCUUCUCCGGGGGCAAGCUGGUCCCACUCCGCAUCCCCGCGUCCACGGACGAGACGGCGGCCGGGGCGGAGGCCGAGGUAGCCGCGCAGUCGACGCUGCCGCCGCCGCCGCCGAAGCAGGAGCAGCAGCAGCAGCCGGAGACGCCGCGGGCGGCGGCGGAGCCCAAGGUCCCCGCGAGGAGGUGGCGUGAUCUGCUGCGUCUGCGGAAGCAGCAGGCGUCGCCGGGCGCCGCGGCGGACCCGAGGCCGCUGCGCCGGCUCCUCCGCCGCGGCCCCAAGCCCCCGGAGCCGGAGCCGUCGCUGAGCCUGCCGUUGCUCCGCGAGCCCGGCCCGGAGGAGCCCAACGUCACCACCAAGGCUACCGAAAAGACGGCGUCGUCGCAGCACCAGAGCCUGCUGCCUCCCAAGAUCCGGCUGUCCGCGCCGCAGCAGCAGACGUCGGCGCCCCCACCCGCGCCCCCGCCUCCCCCUCCGUCGGCGGUGGCGGCCGACAGCCCGCGCCUGAACGCGGCGGGAAAGGUGGUGUUCAACGGGCUCGGGCGCAGCUCCAGCAGCCCGAGCAGCCUGGCCGGCGGGCGGCGCCACCGCAGCGGCAGCGCGGGCGCCAUGGAGCGGUCGUACUCGGCGCACGUGCGCGUGGCGCCCGUGCUCAACGUGCCCGUCUGCUCGCUCCGCGGCUCCCGCAAGUCCGCCGCCGCCUUGGGCAUCGACCGCCUCUUCGCCCCGUCGUCGUCGGGCGCUGCCUCCUCCUCCGCCGGCGCGGCCAAGAAGAACAGGGCCGCAAAGAAGGACGUGGGCCCCGGCGCCCAGUGACCCGUCCGUCGGUCGCCGCGCCACGAGUUGGUUUCCUUGGGCAAUGCUCGCGGUUAAGGCAGUUGGUUUACACCACCGCUAGCUAGUAGUACGUAGUAGUAGCAGCUAGCCGACGGUUAAUCGUCGUCUGGCCGGUUGAUUUGGCAUGUAAAUAAAGCAGCAGUGUUUUGGAUAACUAGCACACGGGUUUUACAUGCAGAUUUUAGAAGAAUUAAUUGAAAAUAUCAUGAAACUA